UAUAGAUUCCAUUUCAUUUUUGCGGGAUCUGAUUCUCGUCGUCGGCUGGCUAACUUGGGAGGUUUUUGGUCAGACGGAGGAGAAAGGAAGAGAUGGGUCAAGCUCAGAGCAACGACAACUCUGCCUCAUCCACAACGCCGACGAGUAAUACUCCUCCUCCUUCCACGAAUUCGCCGCGGGAUUCUAAUGGCGAUGAUACUUCGAUGGGGUCUCUCCUUGCAGAAGCUGCAGCAUUUGGUGAAGGUGACAAUGAGAACGAGUCGCUUGAAGCCAAGGCACAGAAGGCUCUCGAUUGUCCUUGCAUAGCUGAUCUCCGUAAUGGAUCUUGCGGGUCUCAGUUCACUGAGGCCUUCCGUUGCUUUCUCAUCAGCACUGCUGAAGAAAAGGGAUCAGACUGUGUGCAUCCAUUCGUGGCAUUGCAAAAAUGUGUCAAAGCCCAUCCAAACGCAUUCUCUAAAGAGGUUCUAGAGGGCGAGAAAGAAACCGAGAAAAAGGAAGAGCAGCAGCAGCCUGUGCAGCAAGACCAUAGAAUCAUCCCUCCUCUCUGGGCAAAGGACCCUCCUCGCAGUGCCAAAUCCAAGCUUUAGAACCUCAACAACAGCACAAGAAGCUUAUUCUUUUCUCUCUUCUUUUGAUCUCUUACGAACAACAAAUCUGAAGAAAGUAAAAGAAUACAUUGUGUGGCCGUCCGUUUGCUUCUUAGUAGUUUACAUUCUCAUGUAUCGCGUAUUCAGAAGCUUAACCGUUUGGUUUAAUCCACAGAGCAAGUUCCGUAUCAUAAUAAUAUAACCGUCCGGUUUAAUUCGGUUUGAUUUGAGACU